CCUCUAUAUAUAUGUAUAACCCUAACCCUUAUUUUCAUUACUUUUCUUCUUUAGGUUCAUUCAUCUCAUCGCUUUAAGCAAUAAUUGUAAGUCAGACGCCAUGGCCAAGAGUUCAUUCAAGUCAGAACAUCCACUCGGAAGGAGACAGGCUGAAGCUGGACGCAUUAGAGAGAAGUACCCAGAUAGAAUUCCUGUUAUUGUGGAGAAAGCAGAUAAAAGUGAUAUUCCUGACAUUGAUAAGAAAAAAUAUUUGGUUCCAGCUGACUUGACUGUUGGUCAGUUUGUGUAUGUUGUGCGUAAGAGGAUUAAGCUAAGUGCAGAGAAGGCUAUAUUCAUCUUUAUUAACAAUGUUUUGCCAUCCACUGGUUCUAUGAUGUCUGCAAUCUAUGAGGAAAGCAAGGAUGAAGAUGGGUUUCUUUACAUGACUUACAGUGGUGAAAACACGUUUGGAUCAUCAUUCGAAGAAGUGGAAGAUCUGUGAAUAAAGCAACAGCAGACAUCUAUGAAUGUGUAGAUAUUAGGGCAAUCUGCAAUCUGUCUUUCAUUUGAACUACUAUUAUGUUUUUGAAUUUUAACUAAGAACACGAUGAUUUUAUUUUUUUAUGCAGUAAAUAUAACAAAUAAUGAGCUGAUUUCAUAG